AUGGGAAAAAAACAUUGUUUUAGUGAUGAAAAGCGUUUUACUGAUUUUGUUUUACUGAGAUGUUUUACUGAUUUUCAGACCACUUUGGUUGACAGCAGAAAAAGUUAGUAAUUUUUUCUACGUUUUGGUAAUUUUUUGCUUGCUUAUUUAGUAAUUGCCUUGCAAAAUAUCUGGUCACACUGCCAUCACUAUUCACUUGCAUGCGUUUAAAAUAAUCCUCCAAGUCAGACACAGUACCAAAUUACCAAUGAAAAAACCCUGCAUUGAGCAGGUUUUACAAACUAUUGACGCGCAAACUAUUGACGCGCUAAACAAUGAAGGUACCGAAAGAAAAGAAGCUGCCUCAAAGUUGCUGGGAAAUUUGCAGAAUUCGGUAGGAAAUUUGCCUCUAUCUUGUCAUUGUUUGUUGUUUUCUUCGCAUUUAGGUUGUGGAAUUGAAGUAUGUCUUGUGUGCUGGUUGAAUAGUUUGGUUUAAUACUGCGGUUAUUAAUGUGUCUAUCUGUGUUUAUCAACUGGAUUUUUAGUCAUUUUAUAUAUUUGGUAUAGUGAAUGUAAUUUUUCCAAGCAAUUUCUUGCCUGUUGUCCAGAUAGACAUAAUUGCCAGCAUUGCAUAUCUGACACUAGCCUGCGAGCAGGCUCUCUGGGGAAAGAGAGCCUGCAAGGAUCCCUAUGAUGAUUGCGUGCCGCCCUUCAAUUAUGAUGUCACAGGUCAAUUAAUAACAACCAAUCAGCGCAGACCGGAAUACACUACGAUAUUGUAAACAUAAACCGAUUCGUUUCAAAUUCGUUAAUAGUUUCGUAUACAGACCGCCACUGUGGCAUACUAAAAAGUUAAAACGGCUCGAGGUUUUACAGAGUAAUAUAUCAAGUUGUACUUUUUAUUACAAUCUGCAUGUGUUUCUCCUGUAGGCACAGUAAGUUUUAAGUUGUAUAUUACCCGCUAACUAAUUCAGUUAUUUGGAAUUGCUUCGUGCUGCAAUAUAUAAUAUACACUGUAUACAGUCUAUAUAUAGUAAUAAUAUAACUUACUGAAAUUUAUGGCUUUGGUGAGACAUAGACAUAUAUGAUAUACCAUGGACAUUGGACAUAAUUUAAUAAUAUGUUUAUAGAUCAAAUUUUGCAACAAAAAGUGGAAUUGCAGUAAACAUGCAUGUGAUAAUUAUUGUAAACAAAGUGACGAGUAAAUUACUGUACAUUUUAACGCCGCAUACUUAUAAAUAUUAAAUAGUCAGUAUAACAUUGUAAAACAAGCUUAAUACACACAGUAAGCCAUAUGCACUGAAUAUUAUCAGAAUUCCCAAUAUUGUUUCAUAAAAGAGAAGCGAUAUAAUGCCUUGUCCCUAGGUUUCGGUUUGCGAAUUUGUGCAGUCUUUCUCAAGAAUUAUUCUUAGCUUAGGAGUCAGACAAGCCAAGGACACAAUAAAGCAUGCAAGCUUUUAGUAUUCGUCUUUAUAUGAAUACUAUAUUAAUUUACAGUAAAAAGUCAACCAGGAUCAAAAUACAUGACACUCUUAUCUCUACAUUGCCGCAAUUCCGAAGCUUUGCAUUGCUCGGUUUUACAAACAGGAAGUGCAAGUUUAUGGAAGCUUGUCAAUCACUUCAUAUGAAUCAGUUAUCAACCAAUCAGAGCACUGCGUCCAAAUAUUGGACGCAUGCACCGAAUCAUCAUAGGGAUCCUUGCAGGCUCUCUUUCCCCAGAGAGCCUGCUCGCAGGCUAGAGGAAACCUAAACUAACUUUAUUUAUACUGGAUAGUUCUAUCAGUUCUAAACUGUUCUUCCUAGAGGUCCAGUAAGGAUUGGAGGAAACCUAAACUAAACUAACUUUAUUUAUACUGGAUAGUUCUACCAGUUCUAAACUGUACUCCCUUGAAGUCCAGUAAGGAUCAUCUCUUAUUGAUCCAGUGUUACUACAGGAGGAAACCUAAACUAAACUAACUUUAUUUAUACUGGAUAGCUCUAUCAGUUAUAAACUGUUCUUCCUAGAGGUCCAGUAAGGACCAUCUCUUAUUGAUCCAGUGUUACUACAGGAGGAAACCUAAACUAAACUAACUUUAUUUAUACUGGAUAACUCUAUCAGUUCUGAACUGUUUCGACCGAGGCGAAAUUAGGUAUCAGAGGUGAAUCCAAUAACCAACACGAAAAGUAACCCACCUUGUUUUAUAGAUUCCACUGGCCUAUCCUCGUUGCUCGCGGGCGAUGUGUCGCCUCCUGCGAAGAACGACGCCCGCGGUCUGUUCAAAAGUUACCGUGACCGCUCGACCUCGGCCCAGGAAGCUGGACUACGCUCGACCAAAACACAGGAAACCCAUGCUGAUCCUAUAAGCUCUGGUCGAUUCUCACGUCCUCAGGCGAAUAUAGAAAGUAACCAGUCGAAUAGACAUUCAAUGACGUCAUUCCCGCCUUCCACUGCCGGAGUAAAAAUGAGGUAAUGAAUAUUAGUUGAGCGCAAUGGAGUGAAUGGACCUAUUCUUUACUGAACAAAAUUUUGAUUUUUUCACCACAGCUUGAAAGAGCAUCACAAAAUUAGUAAUAUUCCGAAGUUUCAUUGCGAAAUGUUGUAAAAUGCGGAUAAUAUAGCCUUGCGAAGUUUGCCGUUUUUCAGUCAUUUUGUAUUACGCACGGGAAAUUGAUACCAUUUUUCAGAAAGCGGUAUCUUCCCGUGCGUAAUACAAAAUGACUGAAAAACGGCAAACUUCGAAGGGCUAUAUUAUCCGCAUUUUACAACAUUUCGCAACGACACUUCGGAAUACUAAUUUUGUGAUGCUCUUUCAAGCUGUGAUAAAAUUUUUGUCUAGACUUGUCUAGAUCAAAAUUUUGUUCAUUAGGUAAUAGGUCCAUAUAAGCUAUUAGAAAUAUUAAUGAUAUAGUUAAAUGGAUAAAACGAGGAUGAGAGUGCAUGAUAGUUGACAGUCACGCGAGCUUUGUUAGCUGUUCUUAAUGCUUUCCCAACACUAUCAUGUAUGUUAUUUAAGUUUAAACAUAGUUGGAACAUUCAUCAAACCUUUAUUUUGUUAAUCUAGAGCUUGAAAUGCCCCCUGUAACAAUGCGUGACUACCAACUCUCAUCAACUCUCAGCCUCGUUGUAUCGUAGCUUUAAAGUACCACUUACCCACAAAAUAAUUUUCGGUAUGUGUAAUAUUUGGGUCAUUCUACAAAUGCAAUAUAUCUUUAUUGUAAAAACCUGAUGUCAAAGUUUCCGGAAUUAAAAUGAAUUGCAAACUAGUCUUCCUUUGUUUUUGCUGCCAAAAUUCAUCUAAUAACGUCACAUCCGGAAACACUGACAGUAAAAAAGUUGAUGAAGAUGAGGUUUCUUACUAUGAAGAUGCGUGACAUUUCUUCUCAAAAUGACCCAAAUAUCACACUUCAAUAGGUAGCUAGGUAAACAGGAAGGUAGGUUGGUCUUUAUUUGAUAAGCUACCAGUUGGCUGUGAUGUUAGGUUUAGCGUUGUUGGUGGCAUGUUGGUUAGUGCAUUAUCACAUGUGUCGUUGACCUUUGCAUGUGCCUAGAUUCCUGCAAAAUACAGUUGCCUGAUUAUAAUUUCAUCUCAGUCACAUGGGAGAAGAGUGCUUCCAGUUUGACUCUACCAAACACCGUAGGUUUUCUCCUGCAGUAACACUGGACCAAAAUAAACGAUGGUUCGUAACCACACAUUCACGGAAAACAGUUUAGAACUGAUAGAACUUCCAGUAUAGAGAGUCCAGAUUUUCUUUUUGUAACACUGGAUCAAUGAAGGGAAAGCCUUUUGGGAGAACAGUUUAAAAUUCACAGAGAAGGCAGUUUGGUUAUCGCCUUAUCGGUCACCGAAUUCGCAUCCUACAUCGAAUUCUCGGCCAGUUUCUGACGUUUGAACAAUCCGAUACAAAUUCCUUGUUCACACGCCAUUUCAUACUUUGCGGUGUUUUAUAUCCGCCCACUAAUGCAUAACUGAUAUUAAUCCUUGUCCAUUUUGGUGUUGAAAUACAUGCUUAUAAGUGUUCUUGUGAAAUUUGGCAACUGUUACGUGCCAUUGCGUUGCUUUGUUGAAUGAAGGCGAAAAAAGAUUGUGUUUAUAAUUUUAUAUUAUCUUUAUUACUGAGGAAACAUUAAGAGUAUUGUGCUAUGUUAUCAACCAUGUAUUUCUCGUAAGUUGAUUUAAUUAUGUUAAUUAAGAUAACGUGAUAAGUGCUUGAUUUGUUUUGGUUUGAUAUUUCAUCUACGCUCAACACGAGUGUCUGUGUGUACUAGUUCUCUCAAGGCUUGCUAUAUACUGUUAGUGUAGUAUUUGAUUCAAUGUUAGGUUUAGAGGAUAACAAUUUCCAAAUCUGAAGGUAUCAAAAUACAUGGUUUUCAUUAGGUUUCCACCUUCAUAUGAUCUGAUGUUAUUCAGAACUCACUAAUGAGUUUAAAAUAGGCAGCUGUAGUAUUCGUGUUCUUGAUUGUGAUCUGAUGUUGUACAGAACUUACUGCUGAGUAGUUAAGCAUGGUUAGAGCAUACAACGGUAGUACAUGCUCUUGAAUGUGGGCUACCUUAAAGUGAUCUGAUGUUGUACAGAACUCAAUGCCGAGUUAAGCACUUUAAACUUUAGGUUUAAAAUUUAGGUUUAAAAUGUAUGUUUAAAAUGUAGGUUUAAAAUGUAGGUUUAAAAUUUAGGUUUAAAAUUUAGGUUUAAAAUUUAGGUUUAAAAUUUAGGUUUAAAAAUUAGGUUUAAAAUUUAGGUUUAAAAUUUAGGUUUAAAAUUUACUGGUUAGAUCAUGCAGAGGUAGUACAAUUUCUUGAAUUUGGGCCAUCAUAAAGUGAUCUGAUGUUGUACAAAACUCUCAAUGUUGAGUUAAGCAUUGUUAGAUCUGAAUGCAGACAUACUGCCGUAGUACUUGUCUUGACAGUCUUGUACUGAGAAUAAUUGAAAAAAUUGAAAUGGAAUUUUGUCUCAUCGUGGGAUUUAGACAACAGAAAUCAGAUAUUUCCUCCCAACUGAUGAGCCACCUGGCCUACAAAAAUGAUGUUAUAUCUAAAAGGAACCUUCCUUGCUAACUAAAUUUUUCUAUUUUGUUAUCAGAGAGAAGCCAACGACUCGAAGCAAUGUCCCAUCUUGGUAUAGAGAGUUUCAAAAAGGAAAAGAAGUUUCUGAAAAGGAGAUCACAGAAGAUCAAAACAAUCCCCGAAGUUACCAAGGUUGGUGGGAUUAA